AUGCCUAUCGACAAGCCAUACAGUGGAAUAAAGCGAAAGCUCGUGUUGGGAAUAGACAUUGGGACGACCUACAGCGGCGUCUCGUUUUGCAUUCUCGACCCGGGAGAGAUCCCUCAAAUUCGCAGCGUUAUACGCUAUCCUGGACAAGAAGGAGAGAACAAGUUCAAGGACCCAAAGAUCCCCACGAUCGUGUACUAUAGCGAAGAUGGAACAAUCCUGGCGGAUUUUAUGCGAUACCUAUAUAAAUGCGCCAAGGAAUACAUCUCCGAGGAACACCCAAUCGGACGUCGACUGCUGCAGUCGGAGUCCGAUGUCGAGUUCGUUCUGGCCCACCCUAAUGGAUGGGGUGGCAGCCAACAAGCAAAGAUGCGGCGAGCCGCGGUACUUGCAGGCCUCAUCCCAGACUCGGCCGUUGGUCAAUCGCGGAUCCAUUUCGUGACAGAGGGAGAAGCUAGUCUGCACUAUUGCAUAACUAAUGGUCUCGCUGGCGACGCUGUCAAGACCGGCAACCAAUUGAUGAUCGUCGAUGCUGGAGGAGGGACUGUCGACCUGAGUACAUACAGGAUUAUGAGCACGAUACCUGUCAAAGCCGUUGAGAGCACUGCUCCGGAUUGUGUCAUGCAGGGAUCGACAUUUGUCAAUGCCAGAGCUGGACAAUUCCUCAGAGACAAGCUUGAGAACUGCCGUUUUGGCAACGAAGAAUAUGUCGAAACGAUGCUCGAGUAUUUUGAGAACUCUACCAAGCCUACAUUCAGGGACCCUACAAAGGCUUCCUAUAUUAGAUUUGGUGGUCCUCGAGAUACCGAUGAGCAGCGCGGCGUCAAGAGAGGAACGUUGACUUUGUCUGCGUCGGACAUGACUACACUCUUCCGACCCUCCGUCAGCGCUAUUGAGGAUGCAAUGAGAAGACAAUCGUCAGGGGCCAGCGGACGAAUCAAUAUGGUGCUGCUGGUGGGAGGGUUUGCGGCGAGCCCAUAUUUGCGUACCGAACUUCAGAACUACGCAAACAGCUCCGGCUUAUCGCUAUUCUAUCCCGAUAGUGGACAGAGUCAGCCCGUCAAAGCUGUCGCGGAGGGUGCACUCUCUUAUCACCUCGAUGAUGUUGUGUCGGCACGUGUGGCAAAGUAUGCCUACGGAUCGUCUUGUUCCCGUCCCUAUAUCCCGUCCUUGCCCUCCCAUGAGGCACGACAGGACAAGGUCGGCCGUGCCGCAUCGGGUCUCCUGUUUAUUCCAGAUGCCUUUACGACCAUCUUACCUAAGGGAACGCUAGUGUCGAAGGAGGAGGAGUUUGCGGAUUCAUUUGUGGGGAUCGGCCCGCUCUCCAACGUCGAUGUGAUCUUGCGAGAUGUAACCCGUUAUAAAGGAUCCGAAAGAAGCCCGCGAUGGAUGGAUGAAGAGCCGGAAAUGUAUGACACGUUGUGCACUAUACGCGCGGAUAUCUCGCACAUUCCGACAGUGCGAAAGCGAGGUCUGCAAGGCGACUAUUACGAGCAACGUACGAAAAUGAUCUUCCUGUUUGGCCUAACUGAGCUGAAGGCGCAAUUGUCUUGGAUGGAGAAUGGUCAGGAGGAAGGGAGCCCUGCCACCAUUGUCUACGAGGAGGACGAUAGUGACUAA